AUGGCGGUAGAAGAAACCACCGUUGAUGAUGCAUUUGAUAAGGUACUAACUGUAACACCUCGAGGAACAAUGACUCUCGGAGAGAUCCAGGUUAACAACGGAACGGGAAACAAGGAAAACGUGAGUGGCGUCCAUGGUAAAGAGGAAAAGCUCCCGCAAGAAGUUACAAAGAUGUCAGUCCAUCCAAGUGAACAAGAAGAGCCGCUUCUCAUGGAAAAUCCUCAACGCUUCGUAAUCUUCCCCCUAAAGCACCACGAUAUCUGGGCAUUUUACAAGAAAGCUGUUGCAUCAUUCUGGACCGUUGAGGAGGUUGAUCUUGGGAAGGAUAUGCCUGACUGGGAGAAAAUGAAUGACAAUGAACGUUUCUUUAUUUCUCGAGUCCUAGCAUUUUUUGCUGCUUCUGAUGGCAUUGUGAACGAAAAUCUAGUUGAACGUUUCUCUCAAGAAGUGCAGGUUCCGGAGGCCCGUUUCUUCUACGGAUUUCAAAUUGCAAUUGAAAACAUCCAUUCGGAAAUGUACAGUAAACUGAUCGAGACCUACAUUAGAGACGAGAAAGAAAAAAACCGCUUGUUCAACGCGAUUUUUGAGUUCCCAUGCAUCGCAAAGAAAGCCGAUUGGGCGCUGAAAUGGAUUGCGGACCAUGAGGCAUGUUUUGCCGAGCGUGUAAUUGCUUUUGCAGCAGUGGAAGGGAUCUUCUUCUCAGGCUCGUUUGCCGCUAUUUUUUGGUUGAAGAAGCGCGGCCUCAUGCCCGGUUUGACUCACUCGAAUGAGCUUAUUUCUAGGGAUGAAGGGCUUCAUCGAGACUUCGCAUGCCUUAUGUACUCGCACAUUAAGAACAAGCUUUCACAGGAACGAAUUCAUUCGAUCAUUAAGGAUGCUGUAGCAAUUGAACAGGAAUUUUUGACCGAGUCUCUGCCAGUGGACAUGAUUGGAAUGAAUUGUCGUCUAAUGUCGCAGUAUAUUGAAUUCGUCGCCGAUCAUUUGCUGGUCGAGUUAGGUUGUGAGAAGUUGUACAAGUCGAAGAAUCCAUUUGACUUCAUGGAAAACAUCUCAAUAGAUGGGAAAACCAAUUUCUUUGAAAAGAAGGUUUCCGAGUACCAACGACCUGGAGUCUUGGCAAGCGAAGGCGAGCGUCAGUUCCAACUUGAUGCCGAUUUCUAA